AUGAAUGCCCCGGCUCUUCACCACUAUCCAGCAACGUUUCCAAGUACCUACGGACUGGCUCCGACAUUCCAGAGACAGGCCCCUUUCCCUUCCAUGUACGGAGCUGCCGGACUAGGAAGCGGUGGCCUUGGAUAUUCCCCACACCAAUCGGCGACUGAUUGGGAUUUUCACCAUGGAUCAUCUAACUUAGCUAUGAACCUAAACGGGACCCUAAACGGCACCUCGGCCGUUACGGCCUCGGCGAAUUUCCUGUCAACACGGGAUUCGGCCGCUGCGCAGGAUUACUUUACCAAUGCCAACACGAUGGCCCAGGUGUCAGGGUCAUUGUCAUCUGUCAUGACUGAGAGCAUGCUUUCUUCUGGCAAGUCCAUUGGCGGAGGUGGCAGCGGCGCUGGUGGUAGCCUAGCGGGUAUCAGUUCAAAUGGAAGGAGUGGAAGUGGACUUGGGGGAAGCAGCAGUGCUGGGGCUGGUGCAGGGGCCACCGGUGGCGGAGGGGCCCACAAUGGAAUAGGUGCCCCACCGUCCUCGCCCUAUUGUGACUCUGUCAACAGUGCCGGCUACGCUACCAGCUUCCCCGCUGUCAGCCCCGCCUCACUAGCCGUUCAGUCAACUGUUUCAGGGGUCACAUCAAAAGUAACAGGUGAGUCGGUCGAGCUUUCUUUUCCCUUUGAUCUGCCGCAUCAUUAUUUACAUCUUCAUCCCCGAGAUGAUAAUCCCCCGAAGCAAAGUGACAGCAAGCCUUCUUAA